AGUCUAAUGCUCGCUCACCUUAAAUUGCGGCUUAUCAGUUUUCGCUUGCAUUGAGCCAAUCAAUCCGGCGCAGUAUAAACUAGCGCUUUUGGUGACAGUCGGCAAUCGGUUACAAUGCGACUCGUAUCGCGCACUAGUCUGUACCUCCUCUUGACAGGCUUCCUUUUAGUGAUAAUAACCCUAGUUAAUAUUCAAUGGCGGACUAUUAGUGAAUUUCAACACUUUGCAAAUGUUUUAAACGACACAUUCAAUGAUAUCGCUGUGUUUGACGGUGAAAACAGUUCAAGUUUACUGGUGGAUAGCGCCGGUGACAUAACCUCUAUACAUAACCUAACUGGUGAUGAAUUGUUAAAGGUUAAACACGCUGUGAAUUGUGAAGGAAGACGCGCGGAGUUUAAUGUUGGUCAGCGGGGUGAAUAUGUAGUGUUUUAUAAUUUUGUCAAAGCGACAAAGAGUUUCGGAUGUCAUGAAAGUGUGACAUUUACAGCGCCUGCGGAUUAUACUUUCUUAGAUAAUUUACCAACGUUAGUAGAAAGAUGGAAAGGACCUGUUAGUGUUGCCCUAUAUGCGCCUGGUGAUGAUUUCGAAGUCACUUUAAAAAGCAUCGCGUAUAUCCGCCAUUGUUUGCCGAAUUCAUUCGAUGAUAUCAGAGACUUGGUUACGUUUCAUGUGUUUUUUCAUCAGCAGCAUGUGCCGAAACAGAAAAACAAUCGUCCAUUAAUCGACGCCUACACAGAUACGUACACAUGUGAUGGUCCUGCACCGUACAAAAAUGUCCACCCGAAGGACACCUACCGUCGCAAACAUGAUCUUUUAUUCCCGAUUAAUGUUGCGCGAAAUACAGCGCGCCAAAGUGCACAGACGCAUUAUGUUUUUGCUGCUGAUAUAGAACUUUAUCCUAGUGUGAAUUUCAUACCAAAAUUUAUGAAAAUGUUAAGCGUACAUCCAGAGCAUGUGCGAGGAACUCGCCCAAGGAUUUAUGUCCUGCCUAUUUUUGAGAUUGGGGAUACUAAGCAUGUGCCUGAGAAUAAAACUGAGUUGCAGGCGAAGCUGAAAACAGGAAAAGCGCAAUUGUUUCAUAAAAGAAUAUGCGCUUCUUGUCAUGCAAUACCUAACCUCACUCAAUGGGAGAAACAAAUGGAAACUGAAGAUUUGGAUGUGUUUACUAUUGGUAAACGGGUUGGUAAACAUCGUGUCUGGGAGGCAUUUUAUGUAGGCACCAAAGAAGAUCCACUUUUUGAUGAAAGAUACAGCUGGGAAGGCCAGGGAAACAAAAUGUCACAAGGUUUUGCAAUGUGCUUAUUGGAUUAUGAUUACAUGAUUCUCAAUAAUGCUUUCAUAAUCCAUAAACCCGGGAUUAAGCAUUCCAAAGAGCAGGUGAAAUCAUUCGCCAAGGAAGUGCGAAAAUCGGACGCCAUGUUGAAGCAGGUGACGAAACCGAUGCUGAUAAGUAUUUACGGUGACAGAAAAGGUUGUUUUCUGUAAAUUUAAUUAUUCAAAUAAUUUAUGACUUGUGUUAAUAAAAAAAGAAAGGUGAAACGAG